UAAUAGGGUUUACUUGUUUUAAAUUAUUAUAGAUGAAUCUAUCCAUAAAAUGUUAAAUAUUAUAAGCAUUCUUGUCCACGCGGUGUCACUUUGAACCUGUAUGUGCUUUUGCUGUGUCUGUGUGUAGCUCCUCCUCUCAGUGGGCAGGGAUCCACGCCUCGUCACAGGUCUUUGUUCAAUAGCUCUAUACGCUAUUGAGUUGUUUCUCGGUGUCUUUGCGAAAACGGCAAACCUGUAAUGGAAUAUACAGAUAUUUUUCUUCUCUAGACGACAGUUGUAUCGGGAGGAAAUAUGGACAUAACAGAAAACAGCUGUUUUUUUAAAUGGAUCUCAUUUCUAUUCGUAUUGAUCUGGAAUCAUGCAAACGGGCACAUUGUGUAUUCUGUAUCUGAGGAGGUGAAUGCAGGGACUACGGUAGGAAAUUUAGCAAAGGAUCUAAACUUGAAUGUGCAGGACCUUGAGAAGCGGGGAUUUCAGACCGUCUCGGGAACUAAUGAAAGGUAUUUUGAUCUUAAUGUAAAAAAUGGAAUUAUUUUUGUUCGAGAAAGAAUAGACCGAGAGGAGCUGUGCGGACGGCGCACUAAAUGCGCUUUGGAACUGGAAGCCAUUGUUAAUGCGCCUAUGAACGUUUACAGAUUUGAAGUAAUGAUUUUAGAUGUAAACGACAAUGCACCACUUUUUCGCACGUCAAAACUGUAUCUAAAUGUUUCAGAACUGACGUUUUCUGGACAAAAAUUUACAUUACCAACUGCGUUUGACGCAGAUGUGGGCAGUAAUUCAGUUAAGAGCUAUAAGCUGAGCCCGAAUGAACAUUUCUCUCUGGAUAUUCAGAGCGGAGGAGAGCAGAGUGUAUCGGCAGAGUUAGUGCUGCAGAAAGCUUUAGACCGAGAGAAACAGCCUGUGAUCCAGCUCACACUGACCGCUGUAGACGGAGGAAAACCUCCAAGCUUUAAAUCACCAAAGACACAACUGAAUAUUGCAGAGUCUGCCUUCCCAGGUGAAAGAUUCACAUUACCUAGCGCGUUUGACGCAGAUGUGGGCAGUAAUUCGGUAAAGAGCUACAAGCUGAGCCCGAACGAACAUUUCUCUCUGGAUGUUCAGAGCGGAGGAGAACAAAGUGUAUCUGCUGAAUUAGUGCUUCAGAAAGCUUUAGACCGCGAGAAAACAGUCCUGUGA